AUGGCGCAGUGCCUAUAUGGACGUACACCUUUCUUCUGUGACAACAGACAGUCCACCAAAGCCAGAAUAAUUGAGCACAGAAACUAUCUCACGUUUCCGUCUGAGCCACGUUACGCUCGACCUAAUCUGGAUCACGUGCCGUUGAGGCCAGUGACGCCUAUCGCGAUCGACCUUAUCAUGCGACUGUUAGACGAAAGGCAGGAAAGACUCUCGUCGAAACGCUAUAGAGAGAACGACCGCACUCUGCAAGACCGCUACCUAUUGUCUCGGCAGAUGCGCAAUACACUACACGGCGGCCAGAUAGUUUUCCCUGGGGAUGCGGAGGACAUUAAAAAUCAUCCGUUUUUUCGUCAGAUAUCGUGGUCGACAAUCCACAUGUCGCGACCCCCUUUGAUUCCUAAAAUUCGCAACGGGCAACCUAUCACGAAAUACUUUGACGACGAAGCCGAAAUCAUGAGCGAUUCCGAUCACUUGGAUUCAGAUUCAAGCGACGAUGACAUGGUUCCUGCGACGGCAGAGGGACAACCGAAGAGGCGCCAUGGGGCCAAGGACAAGAAAAGACCUCGUGACAAGUUACUGCGGGAUCCUACGGUCGGUCGUACGGUGUUGGAACUCCGCAAAAAAGGUGCUUUCAUAGGUUAUACUUAUCGUAGACCUACUUUUACGCUGUUGGACUUGGAGGACAAGUUUGCUACGUGUGGAUGA